GGCGCAGCAGACGUUUCGAUGUUCGACAGUCCCCACUUUCUGCGUGACGGUAACAUCUUCACCGAUAUUGCUGCCGUGUGAUGCCGUGUGAUGCCGUGUUAUGAUGCCGCUGAAGCUCAAGCUCACUACGGGCGGGCAGCAGCCACAGCCAGCCAACGGUGACGGAGGGUCUGCUGCCUCACCCCUCCCUACACCGAGCACCGCCGGAGGACCGAGACUGAAGCUCAAGGCCUCACAGCCACCGACACCGGCCACUGAACAUGUCGUGUCUGUAGCAGACAACCAGAAGCCGGCGGCGCGCAAGGCAACCACUGCAGCAGCACCGUCAAGCAAGAAGCGGGCCAACAACGAUGACAUCUCGCCUGCGGCCAAGCGGAUCGCGAGUGGUGCAUCGGCGGCGCGCAAACCCUCCAUCAAGCUCAAACCCACCCUUCCGCCAGGCUAUGCACCGUCCACCGCCACCCCAUUGAGCGCUGUCAGUAGUCGCAAGGUCGCCCUCGCACUUGCGCCCCCACGCAAGCAAUCUACCAUCCUCAAGGCGCUCACCGCACACCAUGUGAAACGUGACGUUCCCAAGCGUGAGACGGGCGUAGGCUACGACAGCGAAGACAGCGAGCGCGAGGAAGAUCCCGCGAUCCAGCAAGGUCUGAUCCUGAGAAUGCCACCAGGGAAGGAUGCCGACAUACUCCGGAACGCCAUCGCCGACAAUAAGAUCGGCGUCAAGGACGAAGAAGGUAGCGUCCAAGCCAGCAUCAAGUUCGUGACGGCUGAUCUUCGCCGGGCCCUGGUCAAGGUAGAGGACCGCAAAUACGCCGCCGCGCUCGUAGAUCUACCCUGCAUCGUGGAAUCGAUGAAAAGCUGGGACAAAAAAGGCUGGUGGAAAGUCUCGGAUGUCUGCCAAAUGCUCCUAGUCCUCGGCCGUGUCGACACCGAGGCAGAGAUUAGAAGUUAUGCCUUACCCAAAGAAGUGGACAAAGAAACCAUGCAAUACGCCCACGGCCUAACCCCACCCAUGCACCACGUCCGCAAGCGGCGUUUCCGGAAGCGUGUUAACCCCAAGCAGCUGGAGAACGUUGAAGCGGAGGUCGAGAGACUGCUGCGUGAGGACGAGGAGUGGGAGCGGAGUGGCGGGAAGGUGAGCUCGAGGGAGUACACGCUGGCGGAGUGGGAUGUGAUGCGGCGCACGCAGGAGCCUGGGUAUGAGGAUGGAGAGGAGAUGGAUGCGGAGGGUGAGGUGAUGGAUAGCACGGAGUAUGCGCAGGAGUAUGCGGAGUCGCCGGAGGAAGACUAUAGUGCGCUUGAGGCGGACCUCAACAACGCACUAGCCGAAGACGCUGCGGCAGAACCGGAGCCGCGCGUGACUGAGCUGAUCACCGACUCCCCGGCGCCGCUACUGGACCAACAAGCCGCAUCCCUCGCCGCGGUCGAGCACGCCAUGGCCGCAACCUCAACCCCCUCGGCCGCCGAAACACCCAUCCACGACGCGCCGGACGAAGACGAAGCUUCUUCCGACGACUCGGACGACGAUUCGGACGACGACGACGACGACGAUAUGGAUGUCGUCGACGAAGACGCCGCGGCCAAAACGGUCGAGCGUAAUCAACAGCUCGAGGAAGUCGCGGAUCUGGAGCGUGAGGUGCAGGCUGUCCGCAUCAAGGCGAGUGGGAUGGCGAAUCAAUUGUUGAAGAAGCGGGAGUUGGAGAAGUUGGCGCGGUUGGAGGGGGAUUUGAGGAUGAAGAGGGUGGCUUUUGGGUUGGUGGGCGGGGAGGAUGGGGAGGAUGGGGGAGGGGGAAAUGAAUGAGUAAGCUUGGACGAAGUGAUAAGGCAACACGGGCGCGCUGAGGUUGGUCGCUGGUGCAAAUCCCGAACUAGUUAGAUGAUAUUCUCACUGUUCGAGCUGGCGCAGCUCGCAGGCACGCUCGGACCCAGCCCUUUCCGCUCACCCUCACUUCACUUCACGUCCACCAAAUCCUUCUCAGAAAAGCCACUAAAUGGAUACUCGGCAUAGCUUCAAAGCGCACGGAUUCAGCUAUAUAACAAAUUUGCGCAGAAGGAUCAAACAUGGCUGUCUCGGGUCCUUCCGAAGGUCU